CUUCCCACUCCUGACACCAUGUGCUACUACCACAACCCUUAUGGUAGCCUGGGCUGUGGCUGCAGCUACAGCUCUGAAUAUGGUGACUAUAGAUAUGCCUGCAACUUUCCAUGCUCCUGUGGAAGAUACCUACUGACUCCAAAGAAAUUCUGAUUGGCAAUCACUUCGAGUCAUUUUCUUGUGAUGCACUAAUUGCAUCAACAGGGUUAUUUAUAGAUUCAUUAUUGUCUCUCCAGUUUCAACCAAAUGUAAUUAUUGAUGAUCACAGGUCAUAGUUGC